AAACCAAAUAAAAAAAAAAACAAAAGAAAGAAGAAAAAUACAUUUUCAUCUCUCUCUCUUCUUGAAAGCAAUGGAUCGGCAAAACUCCGAUGACAUCAUGAAGUUUCUUGACGGAAUGGCUAGCUCCGACGAUGUUUUAUUUGGUUUUCUCGACGAAGGAAACCAUUCACCGGAGGAUUACCCUGAUUCCGGUAGCUUCGCCGGCGGCGAAGAAUCCGAUGCUGACAACGAUACCACCGUUUGCAAUACGGAAGAGAACAAAACGUUUUGGAAUGAACAAGAACAACUUCUCCAGGCGACACUGUAUAGGACAAGUUCAGUUGAGACAAAGAUUCGACAAGCAACAAAAGAAGCGUUGAAAGAAGUUAGAUCAAAUGGUUUGCAAUGUGUUUGCCGGAGACCGGUCACCGGCGGUUGUCGUAGCUGUUUGCGCGGUGAAGUGGCUAGCCGUCUCCGAGACGCCGGCUAUGAUUGCGUCAUUUGCAAAUCCAAGUGGAGAAGCAAUCACGAGAUCCCUGCAGGUGAGCAUGAAUAUUUGGAAAUCGUGGACAAAUCGGGAUCAAAGAAAGGCGAGAUCCGUGUGGUGAUUGAGCUAUCUUUUAGGGCGGAGUUUGAGAUGGCGAGAGGUAGUGAUGAGUACAAGCGACUCAUUGCAAUAUUACCAGAAGUUUACGUCGGAAAAACUGAGAGGCUAAAAUCGCUGAUAAAAAUAUUGUGCACGGCGGCUAAAAAGUGUAUGAAAGACAAGAAAAUGCACUUGGGUCCUUGGAGAAAACACAAGUACAUGCAAGCCAAAUGGAACGGCACCUGCGAAAGAAAAUCGGUGAUGCCUGUUGACACGGAGGAUAAGAGUGUGAUGCCAAAGCCUAGGGUUUCUAUGUUGAAUUAUGGUAAUUUUGGUAGCUUAUCCGCCGGAAUGAGUCGUCCAGCUGCCGUCGCGGUCGUGUGAUUACAUAUAUAGACGUUCGAAUACGAUAAGUAAAUUAGGAGAGACUAAAUAAAAUGAGUCUGGAAUUGUAUUACCGAUGAUUUUGUGUGCCCAAACAGGGCAACUCCUUGGACCCAUUAUAGUAGUAUACACAAUGUUAUUUUAACAGAUGUGAAUUUUAAUUGGCAUCCUUAGAGCAUUUUUAUCGAUGUGGUCUCUUAGAAGAGUAGAUUCUCUAUUUAAUAUUUGAUAUUUCAAAUCUAAAAUAAAUGUGAAAUGAAACAAUAGAGAAAGACAAUUGGCUUUUGGGUCUC